AUGCUCGUCCCCACAGAGGAUCCCAUGACCAUUGAGCCUGUCAUCGACUCUCGGUCGAACCCAGAAAAGGACGAUGAACUAGCCAAUGGCAAGAUCAUGGAGCGUACCUGGGGUCUCGAAGCUCGUGUCGACCCCACGGUCACCUUCGAGGAAUAUACCUACUGGGCUGAGAUCGAACGUAUGGACGAAGUAGCGAGGAACCGCCAAUACGUCGAAAAGAACGGACCGGUCACUUUGAAAUCGGUCCUCAAGGGCCGUUUUUCGCAUGGCAUUCACCACGAAGAGAGGAAGGAGCGAGAGAAAGCCGAGGGUGAGACAAGUGGCGACGACAAAGGAGGUGCAGUUGUCGUCCAGGCCAAUGACCUCGCCGUGACUGAGGAGGAAUGGAAGACAGCGGCCAGGGCAUUGAAAACAGCCAGCUGGGGAACCGUUUUUUUCUUGAUUACCACGGAUAUCCUCGGUUGGGGGAGCACUCCAUACGCAUUUUCCACCGUUGGUUACGGCCCCGGGGUUGCUCUCUAUAUCAUCUUCUCUAUUGCCGCUGGAAUCAGUGGUUGGAUCUUGUGGCGUGUUUACAUGAGACUUGACUCGUCCCGGUAUCCGAUCCUCAGUUAUGGCGACCCUUUCUUCCGCGUCUUUGGCAAGAAGUCACGCCAUUUCAUCAACGUCACGCAAGCCUUUCAACAGUUCUUGACCGUGGCGGUUUUGGUUCUUGGAAGUGGCCAGAUCAUCGCCCAGCUCUCGGGAGGAAAGAUUUGCUACAUUGUCUGCUUCGUCAUUUUUACCGCCUUUGGUAUUUUUGCCGGGUUGAUGCGUGGCUUACAGCAUGUCGGAUGGCUCGCCAAUGGGGCCGUUUGGUUGAACAUUACCAGUUUUAUUAUUGUUAUGGUGGCAGCGGCCAAUUUCCCUGUUGACUAUCAGGUGACCACAGCCAACACCCUCAUUCAUACUGUUGGUCCUAUCAAGACGUUUGCCGGCCCACCACCCACGGCGUAUCAGCCCGCAGCAGUCGGAUUUGCCGGACAGCUGAAUGGCAUUAACCAGAUGGUUUACAGUUGGGGCGGUGCUCUACUCUUCGUGGCCUUCUUGGCUGAAAUGCGUCACCCAAUGGACUUUUGGAAGGGAUUGAUAUGCGCACAGUUCUUCAUCUGCAUCGUCUACGUUUUCUUCGGUGUUUUUGUCUACUCUUUCUACGGCCAGUAUUCUGCCCAAAUCAUCACCACUGCAGUGCAGCCGUUUUCCUUGCAGACUGUUGGGAAUGUCUUCAGUCUAUUGACUAGUGCUAUCGCAUGCAUCAUGUACUUCAACAUCGGUAUGAAAACUGUUUACAUCGAGGUUUUCCAAGAAGUAUUCAGCUUCCCCCCAAUCACCACUCGGAGAGGCCGCUGGAUGUGGUAUGCCUUGGGUCCCGUUUACUGGAUCGUCGCAUUCAUUGUUGCGGCCUCCGUUCCCAAUUUGAACGGUGUUUCAGGUCUCGUUGGCGCGCUUCUGAUCCUCAAUUUCACCUACACCUUCCCUGCCAUUUUGUGGGUUGGCUACAGCUGUCAGAUUGGAGCACGGCUUCCCGGAGAAGGUUUCAAUCCCGUCACGCGUGUGACUACGAGACUGGAUAACGGCUGGACACGAUGGGUUCGUGGAUACACCAAAAGCUUGUGGCUCAAUAUUGCUAGCACUCUAUACUUCAUGGGCGGGCUUGCCCUUUCCGGUAUGGGAACCUGGGCGGCAAUCGAGGCCCUCAUUCUCUUCUUCAACCAUAAGGGUUCUAAGGCCACCUCUUGGGGAUGUGUUGCACCGGUGUAA